CAAGAACCCACAUAAGUGAAGAUGAACGGCACUGAGGGUAAAAACUUCUAUAUCCCCAUGUCCAACCGGACGGGGUUGGCGAGGAGCCCAUUCGAAUACCCCCAGUACUACCUAGGAGACCCAUGGCAGUUCAAGCUGCUGGCUGUCUACAUGUUCUUCCUCAUCUGCUUUGGCUUCCCCAUCAAUGGCCUGACACUGGUGGUAACUGCACAGCACAAGAAGCUCCGGCAACCUCUCAACUUCAUCCUUGUCAACUUGGCCGUGGCUGGUCUGAUCAUGGUCAUCUUUGGAUUCACAAUUACCUUCUACACUGCCAUGAAUGGUUAUUUCGUCUUUGGGCCAAUGGGCUGUGCCAUUGAAGGCUUCAUGUCAACUGUGGGAGGUCAGGUGGCCCUCUGGUCCCUGGUGGUACUGGCCGUUGAGAGAUACAUAGUGGUCUGCAAACCCAUGGGCAGCUUCAAAUUCACCUCCACCCAUGCUAUGAUUGGCAUUGUAUUCACCUGGAUAAUGGCUAUGUCAUGUGCUGCCCCACCCCUUGUUGGCUGGUCCCGGUACAUUCCCGAGGGCCUGCAAUGCUCCUGUGGGCCUGAUUACUACACCCUCAACCCAGACUACAACAAUGAGUCCUAUGUGAUGUACAUGUUCAGCUGCCACUUCUGUGUGCCUGUCUUCCUCAUUUUCUUCACAUAUGGCAGCCUGGUCUGCACAGUCAAGGCGGCUGCAGCUCAACAGCAGGAAUCUGCCUCCACCCAGAAAGCAGAGAAGGAAGUGACACGCAUGGUCAUCUUGAUGGUUUUUGGCUUCCUGUUGGCCUGGUGCCCCUAUGCUAGCUACGCUGGCUACAUCUUCAUGAACAAGGGAAUGUCAUUCACUGCCCAGAGCAUGGCUGUACCAGCCUUCUUCGCCAAGACCUCAGCCAUUUUCAACCCCAUCAUCUAUGUGCUCCUAAACAAACAGUUCCGUAACUGCAUGCUGACUACACUCUUCUGUGGAAAGAACCCAUUGGGUGAUGAUGAGUCUUCCUCUGUAUCUUCAAGCAAGACAGAGGUCUCUUCUGUUUCUCCAGCAUAGGAACUGCCAUCUGUCUCCACC